AUGGUACUCACCGACGAACAAAAAAUUUCUCGCUCCGAUGCGCUGGGAAAAAUUGUAACAGAUCAAUUGAAAACUACCAAAGAUUGUGCUUCAAAGGCUUCCGCGACGGUAGCCGAAUACGUCAGGGACUAUUUUGAAAAGUGCAGACAAGAGCUCGCGAAACAGGAACAUCAACUGUUGAGGGAAGUGGCGCUCAGAAGUAUGGCUGCUGAGGAGGACCUCCGGGCCCAACUUCGUCGCGUCGAGGAGCUGAAGGAUAUAGUGGAGACCAGGGCUUCGGAGUUAAAGUCCGACACCCGCCUGUCCCUUAGAGGACGAAUGCAGAAAUAUGAAAGAAUAGCGAACGACAUAAACGCGCAGCGCUCGGAGAAGUUCGGUGCGCGAGAAGAAGACUUGUUCUCGACGCAAUAUACGCAAUAUAAACUUUUGGACGCCACUAGAACGGUCGGAAGGUUGCUGUUGGCGCCGACUCCAGAUUAUUCGUCGUCCCUGCAGCGCGGAGUCUUCGCAGAGCGGAGAUUCUGGAAUACAGUCUGCGGCUGGAUUGUGAGUGAUCUUUUCCCACCAUCAGACAACGAAUGGGAGACGAUAACUGCUGAGGCAAAUGUCGAUUUGAUCACUGAAGAAGAGGUGAAGGAAGCUCCCCAGAGCAUGAAAAGCGGCAGGUCUCCGGGUCUGGACGGUAUUCCUCCGGAAGCGAUUAAGAUAGUGGCAAACACUUCUUCUGAAUGGCUGAUAGCGAUUCUAAAUAAGCUGCUGAGGCUCCAAGAACUCCCAGAACUGUGGAAAGUGGUUAAAAUAGCUUUGAUCCUAAAGGCGGGCAAACCACCACAACUAACAAGCUCAUACAGACCCCUCUGUAUGUUAAAUACGCUAAGCAAACUGUUAGAAACACUCAUCAGAAAUCGGCUCCAGAAGGAACUAGAUGAAGUAGGUGGCCUGCAUCCCCGACAAUACGGAUUUACAAAAGGCAAGUCCACGCUGCAGGCGCUGGAGGACAUCAUCGAGACAGCGAAGGAGUAUGAGAACAUGUGGAACUAA